GUCAUCAUCAUGAGUGUUUCACACGCAUUCGGUCGGUAGAGCUAGGAUUGGAGCUCGACCACUGAGCUAGACACACUCACCAACAGGGCCUGCCUGGAUCAUUUUUUCACUCAGUCGAAAGGCGUUUGUUUAGCAAGGCGGACUUCCCACCGGCGGAGAUUAAAAAACGUGAGAGCAUAUGAGUAUAGACGGGAAUCACAACGGACAGGAUGGUUCGGGAAACCAGACACCUUUGGGUGGGAAACUUACCCGAACAUGUUCGAGAGGAGAAAAUUGUUGAGCAUUUUAAACGCUAUGGCCGGGUGGAGAGCGUCAAGGUGCUGCGCAAGCGCGGCUCGGAGGGGGGCGUGGCGGCGUUCGUGGACUUUGUUGACAUCAAGAGUGCCCAGAAGGCCCACAACUCCGUCAACAAGAUGGGCGACCGCGACCUGCGCACGGACUACAACGAGCCGGGAUCCGUGCCUAGCGCUGUGCGGGGGCUGGAGGACAACCCCCCGUCUAGCAGUCACGCCCGCGACGUUUCGGGGUUCUCACGUGCCGCCGUUGGGCCCGUUUAUGGGGCCCCCGUGUCCCUCCACGCCAGGGAGGGCCGGUACGAGCGCAGACUAGACGGCAGCUCGGAGAGUCGGGAGCGAAGUUACGACCACAGCCCCUACAGCCACCAUGAGCGUGGUGCAACCUUCGAGCGGCCGCGGCACUACAACACAGACUAUUACCGUGACCGUGCCCUGUUCAGCUCGCCCGUGGGCUCUGGCGCAGCCGCGGGGGCGAUAGCGGGCGGCUUUGACACCCCUGAGCCCCACUUCGAGUCGCGCAUACGUGGUGGCGACCCCUUUGCACUGUCGUCCAGCGCCUCGCGGCGUGGAGACCCGUACCGAGAUGACCGGGGGCGGCGGGCGGAUCGGACUUACCAUCACCACCGCCGUAGCCGCUCCUCGCACUCCUCCCAGUCGCGGCACCCCUCCCCCACCCAGCGCAGCUCCGGACAGAGCUCCAAGGCCGCCCACUCCCCUAAACGCGCCCCAGUCUCCCCCGGCAGGGGACCUCGAUCGCAGUCACGGUCGCGAUCUUCAAGCUCAGACUCAGUCAGCAGUACCAGCAGCACGGGGAGCGGCAGCAGCGACUCGAACAGCAGCUCCAGUGGAGGCUCUCGAGCACGCUCAGUGCAGUCCGCUGCCACGCACGCACCCCAGGCCCAUCCCGGCAUGUCGAUGGACGACGAGCCGCGCAGGAGUUUUGGGAUUCGGGUUCAGAACCUCCCUGUGCGCUCCACAGAUACAAGCUUAAAGGACGGGCUUUUCCACGAAUUUAAGAAGUACGGGAAAGUGACAUCCGUCCAGAUCCACGGAGCGUCGGAGGAGCGAUACGGACUGGUGUUCUUCAGGCAGCAGGAGGACCAGGAGAAGGCGCUGAACGUGUCUAAGGGGAAGCUCUUCUUUGGCAUGAUGAUCGAGGUCACAGCGUGGAACGGACCUGAUCCAUCUCUUGCAGAGACGGAGAGUGAAAAUGAAUUUCGGCCACUGGAUGGGAGGAUAGACGAGUUUCAUCCAAAGGCAACCCGCACUCUUUUUAUUGGAAAUUUGGAGAAGACCGCAAACUACCAGCAGCUGCUUGAUGUCUUUCAGCGCUUUGGAGAAGUAGUGGACAUUGACAUCAAAAGGGUCAAUGGUAUUCCUCAGUACGCAUUUGUGCAAUACUCGGACAUCGCCAGUGUUUGCAAGGCGAUAAAGAAGAUGGAUGGAGAAUACCUGGGAGCCAACCGAUUAAAGCUUGGGUUUGGGAAGAGUAUGCCCACGACGUGCGUCUGGCUGGAUGGCUUGGCCUCGAACAUUACGGAGCAGUACCUCACCAGGCACUUCUGUCGCUAUGGGCAUGUCGUCAAGGUGGUGUUUGACAGAAUGAAAGGAAUGGCUCUUGUCUUGUACAACAACACAGACUUUGCCCAGACAGCAGUAAGAGAGACCAAAGGUUGGAAGAUUGGUGGCAACAAAAUCAAAGUUGAUUUUGCCAGCCAAGAGAGCCAGAUGGCCUUCUAUCGGUCUAUGCAAGCGUCUGGACAAGACAUAAGAGACUUCUAUGAAAUCCCAACUGAGAGAAGAGAGGAACGCAGACCUCCUUACCAUGAAUUCCCAGCAGAGCGGGCGUAUUAUGAAAAUGUGCGUACGCCGGGCCUCUACGCCGACGACCCCCGACGAGACUACCCCGGCAGGAGCAGAGAACGCUACUCUGAGCUAGACCACUACCCGAGUGAACACUACGAUCCCCGUUACCAUGAAGACCCUAGGGAGUACAGAGAGUACCGCGACCAGUUUGAGCAGGAUAUGCGGAAGUACACCUACAUCCAGCGGGAGAGGGAGAGGGAGCGUUUCGAGGCUGACCGUGGCCGAUGGAGCCCCUCACAUCAGAGACGGCCGAUCAGCCCCAGCGCCUCGCCGUCACCCUCAGACAGAGUGACGAGGGAGGCUGAGCGACGUGUGUACAGGCAUUCGUCUGAGAGAAGUGGCAGCUGUAGCUCUGUUUCCCCUCCUCCGCCACAGUUCGAGAAACCAGGCAAGUCCCCGAUGGAUUAUAAGACGGAAGGUGCCGAAAGAGAAAUGGAGUUGCUGGAGAUGGAACGUGUUGGAGGGAGCGAGCGAAGCAGGAGGGGCAGGCGGAAGGACAAGGGAGACAAGGAGAAGGGCGAGAGAGGCAAGUCGAGGAGAGGCAAAAUGCCGUCCCCUUCAGUCUCUCACUUGGAGACUGAUAAAGAAGCUUCUUUGGACGGUAGUUCAAUUAAAGGGAAAAUCUUGGAGGGAGACGGUACUGAAAAGUCACGAUACAAGGGUGACAACGAGCCCUCACCCUCUGAGCAUAUUUCCCGCCUGGAAACCCCACAGAAAAGCGAUAGACUGGAUGCUGGAAAAGGAGAGGCAUCAGACAGAGACGGAAAGAGCAGACUGAAAAAACACUUAAAAUCUGACAUUGGGGGUGAAGCAAAAGACUUAAUGUUGGAGUCUGACCGCUUGGCAGCUCGUAAAAGACGCUUCGCUGACCCUGGUGGGAAAACCAUUAGACAGAAGAGGGGCAGGAUGGAGGACGAGGGAGUCCAGUCCCCAGAAUUCGGAACAAAUUCGGCUCUUCCAAAAGAUUCAGAAGAUGUGAAGGCACUUGAAAAAGAAACACAGAAGAGGGAACAUGUGAAGCCAAAACUGGACAGAGGGCCUUCUCAUUACGGCGUUAAAGAUGAUCAAGACUCCUCUUCCAUGUCUGGAAUAAGAGGGCAGGGUUCAAUGAUGCGACAAGGUGAACCGCCAGAUCUUGAUGAUCAGGACUCUGGGAAGCACCUCUCUGUUCCUGGAGUGUCGAGAAGAUUCUCACACGACGAGACUCUUGAUCAUGAAAACAAAAGCAGGGAGGAAUAUGACAUCGACCUCUCACAAAGCUACCGCAAACAAAUGGAACAAAAUCGCAGACUACGACAGCAAAUCCCGGAGCCUGAUACACAUGGAAAAACAGGUAGUCCUCAAAGUUUAGAAGCAGAAGAGCUGGAGCAUCGUAGUCUAGUGCACGAGGUCGGGAAGCCACCUCAGGAUGUUACAGACACUUCUCCGUCUUCCAGGAAUAAGAAGCCAGAAAUGUUUGAGCUGGAUGUUGGCAGUAAGAGAGAACGUGUGUACAGAAGUUUCCGGCCAAAGAGUGAAGAUCCAGAGUGGAAUAAUACUAAUUCUCCGAAACCGCAGCAACCCUCCCAACACAUUGAAGAAGAGAUGAAUGACAUGCCACAUCUCAUAACUGUCAAAGAUGUGAAAGAGCUACCAAAAUCUGAGGAAACGGUACACCCAGACGUAGAAAUGGUAAAAAGAGUACACCCAACACAAAUGACAAAGCUUAGCACUCAAUUGCACAGUGGCAUGGAUGAUCCUCAUAAACGUUGGGAGAGUCGUCUAAAACAGGACUUAUUACCUGAUGUAGGAUUCUCAGGAAGAAAAAGACUUGGGCACAAGCAUCUGGAAUACGGCCUUUGGCAUGACUUAGAACCGGGGGAGGUGAGGUCAGACUCUGAAGAGGAUCGGGAGCAUAAAUCAAACUCCCCAAUGCCCUCUACCUCUCUGUCCUUUCCCGAGAGGCAAAGAGGGGACAGGUUGUCAGACUCAAAGUUUACUAGCUCACUGGAAAGGAAUAAGUUCUAUUCGUUUGCACUGGAUCAGACCAUCACACCAGACACCAAGGCUCUGCUUGAAAGGGCAAAAUCUCUAUCGUCUUCUAGAGAAGACAAUUGGUCUUUCCUGGAUUACGACUCCCAUUUUGCAAGCUUGCGGAGUCGCAAAGACACUGAGAAGGUAGAGUCAACCCCACGACCAACACCCUCAUGGUACAUGAAGAAAAAGAAAAUUCGUAGUGAGUCUGAGGAUAAGCUUGAUGACAGGAAGGAGGCAGAGCCAAAGCCAGAGGAGCAGCAAGAACGAAGAGAACUGUUUGCCUCACGGUUUCUUCACAGUUCUAUUUUUGAACAAGAUUCGAGACGUCUUCAGCAUCUUGAACGAAAGCACGAGGACUCUGAACAAGGUGUUGGAUACCAGUCUACUCAACCCAGUGCACUGGAGGGGCAGCCUGAUGCUGAACCAGGUGUGCUGUUUCAUAGCAGGUUUCUAGAGUUAACACGGUUACAACAUCAAAAAGAUAAAGAUUUUAAAGAACCUCAAGAAAUCAAGAGGGAAGUCACAGAUGAUAGCAGGACAGAAAAGCCACAAGAAGAGCCCCAAGAGCAGCCUCAGUCAGCUAUCCCAGUGCCCCAUGCUGUUGAACCCGAACCUGAAAGAAAACCUGAACUUGAAACAAAACCUGAACCGGAAACAAAACCUGAACCGGAAACAAAACCAGAACCGGACACAAAACCAGAACCUGAAAUAAAACCAAUCAGUCCAACCCAGCUACUUCCACUACCUCCCCCAAAAUUUGUUCAACCCCCUAAAGAGUUGUCUCCACCAUUGGAGAAACCUGUUCCAAGUAACUCGCCAAAGUCAUCUGAUGUGGUCAUGAAGGAGGAACGGGAACGUGAAAAGACUCCUCCACCACCGCUACCACUUCAGCAUGACGAGACUCCCCCACCAUCGCUACCACCACAACCGGUGCCUGAGGAACGCCCAAACUCAGUCAGCCCUGUGCUUCCUGAAUAUCAAGCGAGUGAGUUCAAAGAAUCAGUGAGCCAGGAACAAAUGGAACCUAGUGUCAACACUGAGAAAGAUACCAGUGAGGACCUGUCAUCCAGUGUUGAACUCAAGCCUAGUGAAAUGGAAGAGUCUGGCCUGCCAGAAAUCAAGCCUGAAGCUGAGGUUUUGAAUACCCCUAGGUCUGUCUCACCUGCUCCGGUGGAAGACAUGGACAUCUUGAAAAAUGAACCUAGUCCCGUUGAUGAAGAACCCUCAGUUAAACCAGAUGUUGACCAGAGUUAUGUUCCUUCCCCUGUAGAGGAGCCAGUGUCUCCACCACAAAAAUCUAAAACUAAGAAGACUAAAGCCUCCCCGACAACACCCGUAGCCCCUUUGCCAUCACCAUCUACGCCUGAUAAACAGGCUACCCGUAAGAGUGAGCGUACAUCGAAACGUGGUUCUUCCCCACGAGGAGAGAUACCAAAAACAGCUGCUGAAUCAAAGCAGAAAUCUCCAAUUCAGGGUCCUGAGACAGAGCAGGUUACUGAACAAAGGCGGAGGAGGAGAAAUGUGAAGUCGGUAUAUGCCACCCCUGUGGAAGAUGAGUCUACUCUACAAACUGGUAAAGAGGUAGAGCCACAACGCUCAGCAAGAAGAAGAGGAGUGGACAAGGAAGUAGCCCCUCCACAACCGCCAGAGCAAGACGCACAAACACAGCAAACCUCAAGCAAACCGAGAGGUCGGCCACCCAAGAACCGUCGCCAGGGAGAGGAUGCAUCAGCUCAGAAGUUGAAAGUUGCAGAGACAAAAGAGAUGGAGAGCAUAGAGACCAUGGGUAGCAAUGAACCCGUCUUGAAACCUAAAGGAAAGCAACACUCACCCGCUUCACAAAGAUCCCAGCCAUGUCCAACACCAUUAUCUAGCACGUCUGUGAAAAAAGUAGACAAAUAUCCUGACCCUGAUCCUCAGCAAGAGGAUCUCCCAGAAGAUAUCGAAAUGACAGAUUCUGAACCUGCAAGUGAUUCUGUUUCUGGUGUAGAAAAAGGAAAGGAUGAGAGCAGAGAGGAUGAAAAGCAGACCAUGGAAGAGCAACAGAAAGAACACGAUGAUCUUGUAAUGGACACGCCCACUGAGGCUCCAGCUGUUGAAGAAGUUCCUCAAGCUGGAAAGAGUGGGAGGUCUAAAGCAACAAGAUUGGUUCGAAAUACCAAGUUGCCAGCUGAAGACAAGUCUCUAGUUCUUAAAAAUCUAAGGAUCCGGCUGGAUAUGACCGAGGUCAUUAUGAACAAAAAAUCCGAGCUCUCUCCCAAAGAUCAAGCCAUGGAAAGCCCCCAAGACAAAGAACUUGUAGAAGGCGAUAUGGAGGAGGAAUCGGACACAAUAAUGCCCGACUCGGCUGAAAAUGUCUUUGCUCGAGAAUUUGAACUUGAACAAGCAGUGGAGAACAUUGCUAAACUGACUGAAGGUUCUAACCCCCCACCAAUCAAAAGUCCCAGAAAAGAGGGGCCCAGUCCGGUGGUGCCCAGUCCGGUGGUUCCCAGUCCGGUGGUUCCCCCCGCAGCAGAACCAGAGCCCCCCACGAAGAAGCCUGCGAAUCCUGCCAGCGAAAAUGAGCUUGCUGCUGCCAUUGAUUCAAUCACAUCAGAAGGCCUACCAUGCCCUUUGCCACAACAACCACAAGAGCCGGCUGUCAGUGUUGCUACAAUGUCUGAACCAGCUGUUCAGCCAUUUACAACAGAUUCCAAGACGACAGAACUCAGUUCCAGCAGUGCUCCUGUUCAGGAGGAGAUCAGUACCCCGAUCACGCCAAGGAAGGGAGCUAAGGGCAGAGCUAAAACACCGAAGAAAACAAAAGCACAAAAGGCUGCUGCCAAUCGGAAAGAGAUGAAAGACAGUGUACCUGAACCUGACAACUCUCAAACUAACACACCUGAACCAAUGGCCAUAGAGACACCUGCCAUUACAGAGAGUCCACCUGUGGCACCCAUAGUCAUUACCCCACCCCCUAAAUCUAACAUGUCCCAUCCUACAGACAACAGUGUUUCAGAGGGAGCGCUCAAUGAUGAACCCACACAUGGAAGAUCAGCAGGGCUGGUGAACAAGAGCCCUAAUAUUCUCAAACCCACUCAACAGCCCUACGAGUGCACACCUCUGUCGCCAACUUCCCUAUGCCUGAAAACUUCACAUAGCAGUAGGCUUCCUCUCUCCCCAACAGAUCGAUUCAACCAGUCCAGGAACCCUCCUCUCCCGCUUGUACCCCCAGCUCAGGUGUCUCCUGCCCCUGGUCCAGGCCCUGAAACCCAUGAUCCUGACCCUGGUAACAGUGAUCUGCGCAAAAUCCUGAUGAAGCCUAAAAACAUCACAAGCACUUGUGCCAUUGCACCUGCUAACAUGCCUCCACACCUGCCAAGAGAGAGCGAGCCACCAUCAGACAUGAACAAGACCCCUGUGCCAGAGAAUCGUCAUGUGUCUUUACCUGCUCCGCUAUCUGCUCAAGCGGUUGUCCGGUCCCCUGGUUCCCUCCCACCUAACGAGAGUAAGCAGAUGUUUAACGAGAAGACGGUGAUUUCAGUCAUUGCUUCAACCGCCACUUCUGUAAUAAGUCGCAUCUGUAAUACUCCAGAAGGUGAAGAGAAGGCCAAUAUUCCCAGGAGUAAUCCUUACGCAGAAAAACAACUUCCCAAACAAAUGUUUCCCCCCAGCGCAGAAGAGAGUAGCACUUACCAUGGGGCAGCUGUUGGUGAGGAUGGGGGAAAUGCAGGACGUUUUGUGGUUGAAAGUGCAACCCUGAACACCGGUCCCAGUCCUGGCCUAAGGAUUAAUACGUCAGAGGGUGUGGUGGUGCUCAGUCACUCUGGCCAGAAGAUGGAAGGACCACAGAGGAUCAGUGCGAAAAUCAGCCAGAUCCCUCCAGCGAGUCCUGCUGACAUGGAGUCCCAACAGCUGGUGUCCAUGCCUCAGAUGAAGCCAGAUCACUACGCCCAGGCACCCAGUGCCAAAUGCCCUCUCGUCCCGGCAGACCACGGCCAUCCCAUCAAAACGCAGCCUGGUCUUUCAGCUAAACAAGACAACUCUCUGGACAAGAUGGAGACGUACCAAGCGGGCGGUCAGAGUGGAGUCGUGAAGAGGCUGCAGCAGCCAGGCGCCAAUCCGGGGGUGAUGGGCUAUCAUCACUCUGCAGACUUCGCCAUGCUACUGAAGCAUCCAAAGAAAGAAGGAGCAGAGCCCAUGAGCGAUGGAGCUAAACCCUCCUGGGCAUCCGCCAUCAGUCCGGCGAUAAGCCCUCACCUUCCUUCAGCGGCGGGCAAUGCAGUUGGGUUCAUGCCCAACGCUCCGUCGGAUAGAGGGGCCCCUGCCCACCUCACUGGUAUUAAAGAGCCCCGUUCUCCUCGGAAAACUUGCCACCCCCACUCUCCCUUUACCAAAGUGUCUUCUCCAAUUGGUUCCUCGUCCCCAAAAGCGAUGCCUGUGGUUCUACCCUCUGGGCUGCCCGCCGCCAUGUCGCAAUACGUCCCAAACGUCCAUCACUCAGAGCAGUCGGUCAUCAUGCCUCCUCACAGCACCCAUGGCAACAUUGGCCGAAUGUCGCCGCACCGCGGCGUCAGCCAGACCAUUCCAAUUGGGCACUUGUCUCAAGGCGAUGUUCGUGUGAACACGCCGCCACUGGCCAUGAUGAAUUAUGGCAUGCAUUCUGCAGAUGCAUUGCAGGCAUCUCCGUGGUCAGGCGCUCCGCAGCCAUGCCCGACGUCUCCUCAGCCAGUGGGCAGCAGGGACAUGGUCCUGAAGGUUAACCCUGCCAACACCAGGCCACACGAGGCCAACGAGGAGGAGGCGAGGCGAUACCAAGGCCUGGGAAGGCCAGGCGCCCAACCUCCCAUGAAGCCUGAGGCCUUUCCGCAGGAAUACCGUGGUCCCUUGCCAUCACAUGGCCUGCCGCCUGGUCCGCUGGACCGCUAUAACCUCCAGCAAAGGGACAUGCGCGUCCUGAUGCACCAUCAGCAGGGUGAGCGGCCUGCUGCUGAGAUGCACCACGGCGGUCCUGAACCCGUGCCCUCGUCCUCCAGCUCGACCGGCAUGACUGCCUCCCUGUCACCCAGAGGGCAUCUGAUAGCCAAGGCCCUGCCCGAGAAAGAGGCCCUGAAGCCGGACGUCAACAGGCCGGCCUCGCCCGCCGGGAAAGAGGGAAUCAUCGGCAUUCGUGGAGCCAUGACUGCCAUCGCAUCGCCUCAGCGCAUCCCCAUUCUGGCGUCAGGAGCGAGCCCAGCGUUCCAGGAGUACCAGGCGGUGUACACCAACAUCAGAGGGGUGCCUUCCCAGUUUUCUGACAGCUCUCCACUGAACAUAAGCCAGGCUCCACAUAUUGCACCUUCACAGGCUCAUCAAGACCCAGAGCAUCCCCAAACAUCAGCUGAGGGUAAAGUGGAACCGGUGGAAAACCAGUCUGUUAACAUGGUGCAACUAUUAACGAAAUACCCCAUCAUCUGGCAAGGAUUGCUUGCACUAAAGAAUGACACCGCUGCAGUCCAGCUACAUUUCGUGUAUGGAAACAAGGCUCUGGCCGUGCGAUCCCUACCACUACCUGAGGGGGGCGCCAUGCUCAGGAUUGUCCAGAGGAUGAGACUAGAGGCUUCACAGCUAGAGAGCGUGGCCAGAAGGAUGACGGGAGACACUGAGUUCUGCCUGCUGCUGGCGAUGCCGUGCGGCCGCGACCAGGACGAUGUGCGCAGCCAGACCCAGAUGCUGCGGCAGGCCUUCAUUAGCUACCUGCAAGCCAAGCUGGCCGCCGGCAUCAUCAAUGUCCCCAACCCCGGAUCCAACCAGCCGGCGUACGUGCUGCAGAUCUUCCCGCCGUGUGAGUUCUCGGAGAGCCACCUGUCUCGUCUGGCCCCCGACCUCCUGAGCCGCAUCUCCAGCAUCUGUCCCCAACACCUCAUGAUCGUCAUCACCUCCGUCUGAUCUUCCUCCUCCUCAUCUCCACCCCCCCUCGCCGGACAGACGGACAUAUCACACAGCUGCCUUGUCUGCCUUCCUUCCCCUGCCAUCCCUCCUUGAUUUUCCCAGGAUCUUGACCCAAUUUCUUGCGUGCCACACUCUCAUGGGCACACCCCACCCCACCCCACCACACCCUCCUCGUCAGCAGGAUGAUGGCGCGCAACAAGUUUUCAGGGCUGGGUGUUCCUGGAAAUGCAACGUCUCAUCUCUUGUGGAACUUUAUCUCGUCUCUCCUGCCCCCCCCCCACCCCCCCCCCCCCCCUCCCAUUGUCAUACACACCUUUUUUUUCCCUCGUCAUUCCCCUUCGUUCCCUAAUCCCUAAUCUCAAUCCCAGUCCCAAUUGUAAUCCCGAUCCCGGACCCAAUCCCGGAUUGUUUCUCUGAGGUGCUCAGGAAGAGCCCGUGUGGAGCGCCAAUACCGUACGGAGCGCCGUCUCCAAAUGAUGUACAGUCUUAUCUGAUCAUUUUUUUUCUGCUGUAUUUGUAUUUAUUGGUGGUGUUAUUUUAUUGUUCCUUUUUUUAAGUAAAUACAUGGAAAAAAUCAGGAUGUUUUUGAAGAACAAAGAAACGACCAUCAAAGUGGAUUUACUUUUUUUUUCUCUCUCUCUUCCAUCGAACAGAGAUUGUGGCUUCAAUAAAGGCAAGGCAAAUGGA